GAGAGCCCGAACGAGCUCCAGAGAGGGAGAGGAAGGGAAAAACGUUCUGUUGGGCAGUUGGAGCUGCCUGAAAUACUUGGCAGAGAGCUUGCCCGGGCUCUCCGCAGCCCGGGCGUGGGAGGGGGGAGUUUGCUCUGGGAUCCUAUGGAGCCCGAGCCACACAGGGCGGGGCUCUCUCGGCGGCUUUUCGCCAUUGGCGGCCUGGGUUCUUUGAACCCUUUCGCCCAAUGGUGGCUCCGCCCCUGGUUGUGAAGAGAAACAUGUUUGUAGUACACCGCUCUGGGGCAGUUGGCAGGUUUGGCUUUUUAAAAGCCAAACUUUGGGUUACGGCCCAUUUGACCCAUGAGUAUACCCCUUAGGUUUUGGCGACCUAGGAUAUCCCACUCCGAGUGGAAUAUACCUGUAAUAAAUAAAUAAAUAAUAGUUGGCUGCCCUGCCUCAAGCCCAGAGGUGAAGUUGCUGGCCUGGCUGGGGAGAGCAGGCUGGGUGACCCAUGGGGGUGGAGGUCAGAGGGCUGGGUGUGUGGUAAACCUAGCCAGGAGAUGAAUUUACAGUUAAGAAGCAGGGGCCUUGAGAACUCUGCACCUGGACAACAGACUGAGCAGACAUACAGCUUACCUGGACAUCAGCUUCACAGUGUUCGACAGCUGGUUACGGAAGACCGCAAGACCAUCAUGACAAGUUGCCAACAACAGAACUCUUAACCCAAACCCUGCUUUUGAACCAUCCCGAGAUCCCCAUUCAUCCUCUGACUUCUCCAAUUUUGAGAUGGAGUCUGUGCAUCACACAGACAAGGAGAUUCAAGCAGAUCUGGAUCACACCAGCAAUGUAGAGGGAUCUGAAUACUCUUAUCAAGCAGGCACUGUAGAGUUCAAGGAGAUGCAGGCGGGGAUUGAAUUUGCUGUGCAGAUAACCCCUAUUAAAGAUUCCAAAAAGCACAGGGGAAAGAUGGACCCUGCAAGGGAUACCCCAGCCUCUUCAUACAUCCCCGACGAUAUGACAGAGACCUUAGACAAUAAGAGUCAAGCCGAGCAGCUGGCAAUCAGCACCCAAAGGGGGACCAGCGCUCUGCAGCCAGAAGCCUACUCUAGGAUAGGUGAGGUCAGCAGUCUGGAGGGGAUGGGUCACAGAUCACAGUAUGGUAGACAGAUCACAGUAGCUGAUCUUGACUUGGAGAAGAUGAGGCUGGAUGGGGCAAUGACCAGGCUGAGGUACAGGCAUGAAGAUAAUGAAAAGAGGCGAAUGCAUGAGGAAAAAAUGGAACAGCUACGUCAACGGACAGCUUCUCGAUCAUUUGGACAAGAGCUCCAUGAAUUGCUCCGGCCCCAGAACCAGUACGCCCUAUUUUUUUUCUGCUUCAUCUUUAUCCAUGUUAUUUACACUGCCAGGGAGCUGGCUUUCUAUUUUAUUAUGAAGCACCACAUAUUCUGCUUUGCCAUUUUCCUGUAUUUCAUUUUCAAGAAGAUUUUCCUGGAUUUCAAAAAUAGGAAAAAGUAAUCAGGAAAGAGCAGCAGACUCUAGGCAGCAGAGAAAAGUGGACAAGCAGCUUUCUGGUUAUUUCUGUUCUUCCAGUUCUGUCAUCUCUUCUUCCCUUCUCUUUACAAGUUCCCUCUUCUAAGAUGUUCAACAAAUGCAGGUUUUAACUUGGCUGUCUAAGGCCCUGACAGCCAGCCACAGUCCCCAAUGUUAAUCAUAAAGUGAUAUGAAAUAAAGACAA